AAACACCUCAAUCAGAUAAAGAGGAUGCUGAAAUGACUCACCUAACCAAAGCAUUCGAAAAUCUCAAAUUGCGCCGUGUGAUGAAUAGUUCGUCAAAUGAAAUUGACGAAGUUAAAAAUAUGGUGAAUGAACUCACCAAGACUGUGAACAAUGUGACAAGAAGAUUGAAGUCACAGGGAAAGUCUGAAUCUUGUGAAUGCUUCAUGUAUCAAAAAGUUGGUCACAUUUCGCGUAAUUGCCCUAAUAAGCAAAGAAGAAGGUGUGAGUUAAGCAAAGAAAAAGGAGCAGAGCAAACGAUUGAAAAAACAGAUAUAUGA